CCCGGGGCGACUCUCUCGGGAGGCGCGUGCCCCGGCUCAGUAGCAUUGGGGCUGGCGCGCGCGUCGAAUCGGAACGUUGCACUGUUUGCGGGCGUUGCUGGGCCACCGGCUUCUCUGCCUUCCACCCUGGCGCCCCCAAGUCCUGGCUCCCCAGCCUCGCUGCUCCGGGCGUCCACCCCCUGCGGGCUCAGCGGUCUCAAUCUGCGCAGCACCUCCUCCAUGUUGUCUAAGCCUCUGCAAGGGCUCCCCGUGGCCCCCGUGACCCCCACGCCGCCGCCAGGAGGCAAGGAUCGGGAAGCGUUCGAGGCCGAGUACCGACUUGGCCCCGUCCUUGGUAAGGGGGGCUUUGGUACCGUCUUCGCAGGACAUCGCGUCACAGACCGACUCCAGGUGGCCAUCAAAGUGAUCCCCCGGAAUCGUGUGCUGGGCUGGUCCCCCUUGUCAGACUCGGUCACAUGCCCACUGGAAGUGGCACUGCUGUGGAAGGUGGGUGCAGGUGGUGGGCACCCUGGUGUGAUCCGCCUCCUUGACUGGUUUGAGACACCAGAAGGCUUCAUGCUGGUCCUGGAACGACCUUUGCCUGCCCAGGAUCUCUUUGACUACAUCACAGAGCAGGGCCCAUUAGGUGAAGGCCGAAGCCGCUGCCUCUUUGCCCAGGUAGUGGCAGCUGUUCGGCACUGCCAUGCUCGUGGAGUUGUCCAUCGUGACAUCAAGGAUGAGAACAUCUUGAUGGACCUCCGCCGUGGCUGUGCCAAACUCAUUGAUUUUGGUUCCGGUGCCCUGCUUCAUGAUGAACCCUAUACUGAUUUUGAUGGAACAAGGGUGUACAGCCCCCCAGAGUGGAUCUCUCGUCACCAGUACCAUGCACUCCCAGCCACUGUCUGGUCACUGGGCAUCCUCCUCUAUGAUAUGGUGUGUGGUGACAUUCCCUUUGAGAGGGACCAGGAGAUUCUGGAGGCUGAGCUCCACUUCCCUGCCCAUGUCUCCCCAGACUGCUGUGCCCUAAUCCGCCGGUGCCUGGCCCCCAAACCCUCUGCCCGACCCUCACUGGAGGAGAUACUGCUGGACCCCUGGAUGCAGACACCAGCUGAGGAUGCAUCCCUCAAUGCCCCCAAGGGGGGUCCCACCCCUUUGGCCUGGUCCCUGCUGCCCUAGUCCUGGCCAGGCCCCCACUAGUUAAAUACCCAUCCCAUGGCAUGCCACAGGGAUACAUGGACAUCUGUUGGCCUGGUUAUACAGGUCAUUAAAAAAUCCAGUGUUACUAGGGUCAGAGAUUGGGGAUCAGGGGUCAGGAGACAUAAGCCAAGUCUGCCCAGUCCCCAUCCCAAUCCUGUUAAGGAGCCUUCCUCCCAGAAGUUAUGGUUUCUUAUUCUGGAGGGGGGAGACUUCCAUAUUUCUCAUUUCGCUAAGGGUGUUUGUUUAAAGUAACUUCCAUUCUGAGCCCCAGGACUCUUAUUCUGAUAAGUUGUAACCCCUAUACUUAUAGGCACCUCCUGCUACCACCACACACACUUAGUUCAAAUGCUCUCACUUGGGCAAGGGUGCUUUCCUUCCAACGCCCCAGCAGCUCUUAUUUUAGCAAAGGGACCCUUUCCCCUAGCCCAGGGUUCUAUAUUCAGUCAAGCUGCUUUCCUACCUCAGCCCAGGGUUGCUUAUUCUGGGGGAGGUAAUGCCCUAUUGUUAUUCUAGGACUUUAUUUUUUUAUUAUUUUAUUUUAUUUUAUUUUAUUAUUAUUUUUAUUUUAUUUUAUUUUUUUGGUGAGGGGACCCUACUCUGUUAUCCCAAGUGCUCUUAUUCUGGUGAGGAGAACCCUACUUCCAUGAUUUGGGAAGGAAUGGGGAGAUGGACACCACCAGAGUCUGCUAGGAUAGGUGGAUGGUUUUUUGGGGGAUGGGGUGGGGGAAAUAAGUCUUGUUUGUUCUCCUGGGACCCCCCCCACACUCCAUCUUUUUCAGAUUCUUGCUGCCUCCUUCUGAGCCAGGAUUGUCCAGUUGCUGAAAUGUAAAUACUUAUGUAUUGGUGGGAGGGGAGCUCCAACUGUGUCCUCCUCCUCCUCCCCCUGCCUGGAUUAUUUAAAAAGCCAUGUGUGGAAACCCACUAUUUAAUAAAUGUUAUAGAAUCGGAAGUGACUGGCCAUUUGUAGAUGCAGCAAGGAAACCUACUAUUUAAUAAACGUUACAGAAUCAGAA